UAAAAAUAAAUUAUGAAGGCUUUCAUAUACUAUGGAAGCUAUAGGCCAUUUUCCUCUCCUUUUAGACUCUUAACCAAUCUCUUCCAAAUACUUUAAUACCCCUUUGAUUCUUCUCUCACUCACUCCAUCUUCCUUUUCUUUUAAUUUUUUAGGGUUUUCUUUUCUUUUUCUUUUUGUUUUCUAAAAAUUUACCUAAGAAUCUCUCCUUUUUGUUUGGUUAACAACGUUUUAGCAUGGCUGUUCUGUCACUGAAUUCAGUACCCAUCGGAUUCCGAUUCCGACCAACGGACGAGGAAUUGAUCGAUUUUUACUUACGGUCUAAGAUAAACGGGAACAGGGACGAUGAGCUUGGAGUUAUACGUGAAAUCGAUGUUUGUAAAUGUGAGCCCUGGGAUUUGCCUCAUUUGUCCGCUAUAAGGACUCGUGACCCAGAGUGGUUUUUCUUCUGCCCACUCGACCGGAAGUACCCUAAAGGCAACAGACUCAACAGGGCUACCGAGGCUGGUUACUGGAAGGCUACGGGUAAGGAUCGCAAGAUUAAGUCUGGGUCCAGCUUGAUCGGCAUGAAGAAAACCCUGGUGUUUUACUCCGGCCGGGCUCCUAGGGGAAAGCGAACCAAUUGGGUUAUGCACGAGUACCGUACUACCCUCGAUGAGCUUGACGGCACCAAGCCCGGACAGAACGCAUUUGUGAUUUGUCGUCUAUUCAAGAAACAAGAUGAGACCACUGAAGAUAUAAAUGGUGAAGAAGUUGAUCCCGAUGUAUCAUCUCCUACAGAAGACUUGCAAGCUGAGUUAGAAGGGCCUCAAGACUCCCUAGCGGCGGAAGAGGAAGCUGAAAAAAUUCCCAAUAGCAGUGAAACUUAUCCUGCGGGUUUACACGAUGAAGUGAUUUGUAACGCUGUUGCACCCAUAUUAGAGUGCGACAACAAUGACUAUGAGGCUUAUGGUGUAAUAGGUGAAGUGCUAGAAAUAGCACCUGCAGAGGUGGAUCCACUUGUAGAUGCUUUGAAUCCUGUUUAUAAUCCCAUGGUGGGGCCACUGGACUGCAAACUCUUUUCUCCAUUGCAUGCACAGAUUGAGGCAGAGCAGGCACCUUGGAUGUUUGAUCAUGUUGGGGACAGGUUCAGUGGGAUGGAGUUUGAGCAUGGUACAAAUGAAAAUGAUGCCUAUAUUUCUGACUUCUGGGAUUUUUUCUACUACUGUGAUGACUCUGGAAGUCAGAAGAAUUCAACUAUUGAAAGUGAGACCCCUAAGGCCAUGGCCUUUGGUAAGGAUGGUGGUUCAUGCAGUGAAUCAGAUGCUGAAGUGGCCCAAGUACUGCUUGGGACAGAAACUGCCAACAAAGGGGCUUCUCUAGAGAUUAAAGCAACUGCACAAGAUUGCACAAUUCCAAUUUGCAAGCAGGAUGUUAACUUUUCUGGCACAGGGGCAUUCUACAAUGUGCUAAAUAGUAAUGAAGAACUGAGCAAUCAUGUGAAUACAACUUGUAAUGUUGAUAGAGCUAUCACUGGGAUCAGGAUUAGAUCUCGCUCUGCUCGAAGUCAAACAGAUACUGAGAACUUUGUGACUCAGGGUAAUGCGCCAAGAAGACUACGUCUGCAGUGUAAACUUCAAGUCCUCUCACUUUACCAAGGCAAUGCAACAAAUAACUGGAGUAGUGAAGAGAAAGAAGAUUCAAAACCAGUUGUUACAAAGGAGGUAAAGGUCAUGGAAGAGGAUAUCACUAUUGGUGGUGAUGCUGCUUGUGGCACCAUGGACGAACUUCAGGAAAUAUCCCUUUCCGAGUCAAGCAAAAACAAUAUUUCAAGGUCAAAGAGCAUCAUUUCAGUUGGUGAAGAGGUUCCAGCUCGAUGGAAAAAGAAGUUUUCAGCUCGACGCUCGCACAAGCCUUUUUCUAUUAUAUUUUGGGUAGCGGUGACAUUAAUCUUGUUUAUAGUUUUGGUCAGCACAUCGAAUGCCUUUUUAAUUUGAUGCUCCUUGUUUCGUUGUGUAUAGUUGACUUGUUUCAUUUUGAGGCUCUCUGCUAAUUAGGAUUGCGGCCAUGAUUUAGAGGACUAACAUGUAUACGAGUAAUAUACGGAGCAUCUAUUUAGAUAGAUUAAUAUACAGAGCAUCUGUCUUUGCAGUAUAUACUCUCUGGUUUUUGCGUUUUGCUACUCGAAAGCUCCGCCAUUGGGCAUGCCUACAUUUUGAAGGUAGGAAGGCACUAACUGGAACUGAAUCUUGGCAUUGUACGUACGACAGUUUUU